AGCAAAUAUAAGUCCAAAUGUACAACCUUUCCAAGCCAAACUUUGUGCUCGUGGUGUUGCGCGCUGCACCGCAGACACUAGCUGGCGAGUGGCGACAGUGGCGAGCAAUGCCAGGCCCAGGGCCGCACCUGAUGUACGCCAUGGGCUCGGGCCUGGCCCUCACGUCCGUCACCAACGGCCGCUUCAGCCCCCACCACACGCUCACCUACGCCCUCAACGCCUUCUUCGGCCCCGACAUCGGCUCCUUCUCCGAGUGGCUCGCCACCACCCUUGGCUUCGGCCGAACCUUGGCCUCCGAUCUAGCCGAUGUCAUCCACCACCCCUUUUACUACGUCCUGAUUCUUGGGCUCCCUUUGUGUUUUCUCUACUCUAGGGUCUCCAGGGCUUUGAUCCAAAAAGGGGUUCUCGAUUCAGUGUCUGGGGUGCCACUUACUAAGAAGCAAUGCUUAUUGUUGGUCUCGGCAGGUUCUUUAACGCACUUUUUCCUGGACCACUUGUUCGAGGAAAAUGGGCAUUCAACGAUGUAUAGUUGGAUAUUGAGCACUGGUUGGUGGGAGAGCCGAGCACCUAUCAAUCCAGAUGCCGUUGUUGUAGUCGGCUUCUUAUGCAUUUGCUUAAUUGGUGGCUUUAUUUACAUCAACAGAAUGAAGUCCUUAAAGUCCACCAGAAAACAAUCAUAUCAAUCAAUGAAACUUAUACUGAUCAUAGCAAGCCUGUACUGCUUAUGGUGUGCUAGUCAAUUAUACUGGGCAAAUCCUCGUCGGCCAGCAGUUGGUGAAGAGGCUGACCUUGGAGUUCUUGUCUUUUUAGCCACUUACUUUUUUCUCCCUCACUGUUUGUGUAUUUUGUCCAUGUACCCUAAAGAUCUUGAAAAAGAACAACUUCCCCUUUAAUGCUAUUUACAUAUGCCAACCUAAUUUAGUUGGACAAAUGCCUCGAGCCCAGGCAGCACUAAGAUUCAGGUUUGUGAAAUCUGUCAUAAAUCAAGAAGCAUCAGCUCCUUUACUCAAUUGAAAGGAUCUUCAUUGAUUUGUUAAGUUCUCUCAAACCUGUAUCAUUAUAUUGUUCUGUUGAAAGAUGAUAGAUCUGUUGUAAUUUCAAAACAACAUAUACUUGGAUUAUAAAUUGUAAGCCAUUUUGAUUAAA